AUGGGGGAUAUGGACAAAGACCUGAAGACAGAUCCACCAUGUCAUCCUAGAGCAUGUGCGAUUCAGAAUUGCAUACAAAAAAACAACUACAAUGAAGCGAAGUGCAAAAAAGAGAUCGAUGCCCUAUACGAGUGCUGCAACGCCUUCUACAAAGAGCAAGGAGAGAAUGCCAGCACUGUUAGCUGUCCGAAAUACUCGCUCCUGAAACUAAAGAUGGAGCAACGUGCCAAGGGUAUAUCGUAG